UUUCGCUCGCAGUCUGCAACUUAUUUAAAAAAAAAUACAAAAAUCAGCUGUCCGGCGGGUUUGAUCCUGGGAUCUCUAUGUCUGUCUCUCUCUCUCAUCCUUAACGGCCCUUUCAAGGUCACAUCGUAUUUCCCUCCAAAUCUUCAUUCUCCACAGCCAAUCAAACAACUUCCCUUCGUUCCUUAUGUCAAGUCUUCGACUUUUUCCUUCCUCUUUUCCAAACAAUUAAAAAUAAAAUCUGAAAACAAGAUACAUUUCUCUUGUUGGGUUAACAGAGCACAGCAAUGGCUUGGCGGUUCCAGGCGGCAACGCUGGUGGCUUCACCAUCGUACCCGAACUCCAUCGCCUGGUCCGACGAGAACCUAAUUGCCGUUGCGUCCGGUCACAUCGUCACCAUUCUGAAUCCGGCAUUGCCCUUUGGACCUCGAGGUCUGGUCACUGUUCCCAAGAGUGAACCUUACCCCAUUGGGGUGGUAAAAAAAGAAGAUCUAUUAUCUGGUUGUUUGUUGCCCACCACUUUAAGUCGGGAGCCUCGUCCCUGUGUUCGAUCAAUUUCAUGGUCUAAUCUUGGAAUGGCUCCAAACUCUGGGUGCUUGCUGGCUGUGUGCACCACAGAAGGACAUGUAAAGCUUUAUUGCCCUCCCUUUCGUGAUUUCUCUGCUGAGUGGAUAGAGGUUUUGGAUAUAACAGAUAGGCUUUAUGAUUAUCUUGCAAGUAUUAGUUUUAAGGAACCAAACAUUCCUCCCACCGAAAUGUCUAAUGAGCAAGUAUCAGACCAUCCACCAGACUCUGUUUCAGGAAAGGAGUGCAAGCGGAGAAGGGUGAAUACUUCUGGCAUUAGGAACUUUGGCUUAGAAACUUCUUGUGACCAAACACCAUGUUAUAAAAACAGCAAGGAUGUUAAUGCUGGCUCCAGCCCUUCCUCUGAAGCGAAGGGACAGGGUCCUUGCAAGGUGCUGAACGCUAAAUCUGGCAGGCUGAUAGGAAAAAGUUCACAUCAGACAGUUCCCGCUUUCAAAUCUAAAGGAAAAUCUGCCAAGAAAAUGCAUGAAAUUUGUAGCCUACCUUUGAUAACAGCAGAUCAAUAUGCCUCACAUGGUGCAAUGCUCUCAUCACUUGUUGUUGCCUGGUCUCCAAUGCUCAAAUUAUCAUCUGAAAUGUGUCUGGUUCCUGAAAAUGAUUCAUCCAACUGCUUCUCUCUGCUGGCUGUUGGUGCAAAGUCUGGUAAAAUUUCAUUCUGGAGAAUUCAUGCACCAGAAUACUACUCUAUUGAGCAGAGUGGGCCUCCUACUGCUGUGGAGCUCAUUGGAAUCCUUCAGGUACACAAUUCCUGGGUCACCGCUAUAAGUUGGGCCUUGCUUGCUUCUGAUUCUUCAAAUCCUCAAGUUUUAUUAGCUACUGGGAGUUCUGAUGGGAGUGUGAGGAUCUGGAUAGGGCAUGGGGAAGAAUUGUUAAAGUCAUUAGAAGUUAAUAAUGCUCCAUUUUAUUUAUUGAAGGAGAUUAUAAAUAUUAAUGCUGUCCCAGUCUCGGUGCUUUCACUUAUGCCCAGUCAGUCGCUUCAUAAAAUUCUCCUGGCUGUUGGCAAAGGAUCUGGAGCUCUUGAAGUAUGGAUAGGAGACAUAUCUGUGAAAAAGUUUAAUAGAGCUGGCUCAUAUGAUGCCCAUGACCAAGUUGUUACUGGUUUAGCUUGGGCUUUUGAUGGAUGCUUUUUGUACAGCUGCAGCCAGGAUAAUUUUGUUCGUAGCUGGAGUUUACGUGGGAGUUCCCUCACUGAAGUAGCCAUUCCCUCAAGUUCUCCUGGGCUGAGGAGCGUCAGUGAUCUCCCAGAUGUGUUUAUUUCAUGCCUUGGUCUGGUGGUAUCACCUAGCAAUCUUGCAGUUGCUAUGGUUCGCAGUUUUGAUGUUAAUCAGUUGGACCACAUGUAUGAGGCAAGGCUUCAAAAGGCUGCCGUUGAAUUUUUCUGGAUUGGUGGGCAACAGAAGGACAUUUUGUCAAAUACUUCUCUGGGGUUUGAUAUUGAAGGCUUUCCUGGUUUCUCGGAGAAAGAACUUGUUUAUUGGGAGUCCAAUAUUCUGUGGUCUUUAAAACAAUAUGAAUAUUGGGAUAAGCCUUUGGUUGUUUGGGAUAUUAUAGCAGCAUUAUUGGCCUUCAAGCAGUCUGCGUCCCAUUACGUUGACCAUGUCCUGGUUAAGUGGCUCUCCUUGUCGCUUGUGGAUUCGCAUGUGGAACAUUCUAUUGAAAUGAUUUUGCCACAUGUUUGUAAAAGUUUUUCUAAAGCUGCUUCACGCCAGUUGCACCUCCUUAAUAUUAUUUGCAGACGGGUACUACUAUCAGAGAUGAAGGCCGAUGAAAUAAACAGCAACCUGUUGAACUUAGGAGGAUUAGAGGAGGCCGAUUUUACUCAAGAUAAGCAACAUAAUUUAUGGAUGGAGUUACUUGCAAGCAGCGAAAGAGAACUUCGUGAGAGGCUUGUGGGUUUUAGUUUUUCUGCUUAUAAAAGUAUUGCAUCCAAUGCAGCCAGCUGUUCUCCCGAGCCUGGACAAUGGUAUCCUCAUGGUAUACCACAAAUGGAGCAGUGGGUUGCACAUCAUAAUUGUCAUGUACAUGAGCAACUAAAAGUCCUUGCAUCAGAGAUUAGAACCUGCAAGAGGACUGACUGCAUUGAACUUGAAGCAGAAGAGCAAUGUAGCUAUUGUUCAGCACCAGUUCCUUUCGAUUCUCCAGAAUUUGCCUUUUGCAAGGGUUUAGAGAGCACUGAUGGAAUCGGGCAGAAGCAUAAAUUAGCAAGGUGUGCUGUUUCUAUGCAGGUGUGCCCUACUACUCCUUUAUGGCUAUGCAAGUGUUGUAACAGAUGGACAUCCAAUCUUGCACCGGAGACUCUUUUUAUGAUGUCCCAAUAUUCUAUAGAUUUUAGGUUGUCACCCCAGUCUUCUCCGGUAAAAGAAGUCUCAAAACCACUAUGUCCCUUUUGCGGGAUAUUGCUACAGAGAUUUCAGCCAGAGUUUCUUCUCUCUGCACUCCCAGUGUAAUAAUCAUCACGCUGAAUAUAGUUUGUAUAUUGUUGUUGAAAAGAAGUAUUAUUAUACACCAUUCACCUAGUCUAGACUUUCUCA